AUGUUUGGGAAUCUUUUCGAGGAAGAGGAGGAGGAGGAAGGCUUCGCUUCGACUUCCUCCAGGGGGAGAGUUGCGAAGGGGGGAGAGGAGCCACCUCCACCCCGAGGAAGAAGCAAUCUGUGCGGCAUCAAGAACCAGGGGGGGACCUGCUACCUGAACUCUCUGCUGCAGACUCUGCUCUUCACCCCAGAGUUCAGAGAGGAGUUGUUCAGUUUGGGGCCAGAAGAAUUGGGAUGCCUGGAAGACAAAGAGAAACCAGGAGCCAAAGUCAGAGUGAUCCCACUGGAGCUGCAGAGACUGUUUUCCAGUCUGCUAAUGGUGGACCAGCAGUGUGCCUCCACCGCCAACCUCACUGACAGUUUUGGCUGGAACAGCAGCGAGGGAACAAAUCAGCAUGAUGUGCAGGAGCUGAACAGGAUUCUCUUCAGUGCAUUGGAGCACUCUCUUGUGGGAACCACUGGUAGUACAUUUAUCCACCGGCUGUACCAUGGGACCAUUGUCAACAGCAUUGUCUGCAAGGAAUGUGGCAACGUCAGCCAGAGACAGGAGGAUUUCCUGGACCUGACUGUGUGUGUUUGUGGCGUCUCUAGCCUGGAGGACGCUUUGUGGAACAUGUUUGUGGAGGAGGAGUUGUUUGAGGGCAAUAACCUGUACCGCUGUGCACAGUGUGACAGGCUGGUCACUGCUGCCAAGUCUGCCAAGCUGAGGAAGCUCCCUCUGUUCAUGACCAUGUCUCUGCUGAGAUUCAGCUUUGACUUUGCCAAAUGUGAGAGAUACAAGGAGACAGGACGGUACAGUUUCCCCUUCACCAUCAACCUACAGCCAUUUUGUGAACAGACUGAUGGAGAGGACUCUGAUUACUCCUACGAGCUGUUCUCUGUGAUUAUCCACAAGGGCGGCUGCUAUGGUGGCCAUUACCAUGUUUAUAUCAGGGACAUUGACCAACUGGGCCACUGGGAGCCACCGGAGGAGGAUUGCAAACCCAAGACUCAGAAGAAAGUCAAGGAAGAGUUCAAAAAGGAAGUGUGUGAGCCAAAAGUACAAGAAGAUGACCCUUUGUCUGUCCUCACUGCCAUUAUUGCCCAGGAGCCAUCAAAGAGUGUCCUGUUAGACCAGCUGGGCCAAAAACUCAUGGAUAAGAUUGGGUCAUCCUGGAGCAAAAAGUUCAGGAAACACUAUGGUCCCAUAGGAAAGUUCCUGCAGUCCCACAAUGAUGUUUUCAUGUUGGUGUCCAAUGGUACUCGAGUGGCACUGAAGGCAAACCCGCCAAGCCCUGUGACUGAGUCACCCGGCUCAGCAGAGCAGACUACUAACUCUGAUCCUUCAACACCUUCAGACCCUGGAGCUGACGAGCAACAGCCAAAGCCUGAACAAGAGCAGGGUAGCCACUGGUUUGACCUUAACGACUCCACAGUGACCUCCAUCAGGGAGUCUGACAUAGAGAAGCAGUUCCAGGGCAAAGAGAGUGCAUACAUGCUGUUCUACAGAAAAACACAGCUGCACAGGCCCAGUGAAGCACUGAACAAUCCCCAGUAUAAAGUUCCUCUUCACCUAAUCCAAAUGGCUCAGGAGGAGAACAUCAAACUGCAGCAAAUGCGUGAGGAGUUUGAAGCCACUAAUAACACUGUGGAGCUGCGUCUCCACCUGGCACCCAGUUACAGGCUAGAAAAUGGAGCCCUGCAACCAAUCAGCAGAGAACAGAACGGAAGCACCACUCUGAGUUUCGACCGUAGAAAGACUGUGGGAGAUCUACGAUUAGCUAUUUAUCAGAUGCAGGAACUCUGGGAAGGGGAUAUGGCUUUGACUGUGGCCAAGAGUCUUCCUGCAGGUCUUCACCUCUACAAUACGGUUACAGAUGACAGUGUCUCCCUGUACAGUGCAGGCAUUCAUACAAACUCUGACCUGUUUGUGUGGAACGGAAGAGAGGUGUGUGGUGCGACUAUCCUAACUGGAGCUGAGUGGGAGCCGGUGCUGCUGACUGUAGUGCGUCCCUUUUUGGGGGAAGAUGAGCUUCCUGAGGUGGAAGAUGCGGUUGAGUGUAAGGAGGGAAGGGGAGGUUUUGAAAAUGGGGGGCCAGGUCUUAAAAGGGAGGCGAGAGGUUUUGCAGGUGCUGUGACUCUUGGGGAGGUGAAAGUGGCAUUGGGGGAGCCUAAGGAGAGUCUGCUGUGUCAGGAGCAUAAGGGAGGAAAGAGGGGAGAGCAUGGGGCAGGAGAGGGAGGAGGGGCAAGUGGAUGGAGAUUAUUCCCCCCCGAUGACAUGCAGCGGACGCUAAAGGAGCUGUCUCUGAAAGACGGAGACGCGCUGUUGGUGCUGGAGCCACAGUCGUUCGACAGCAGCAUGUUCACUCUAAACGGAGACGUCGUCACUGUGACUACACCGUCUGACUGCCGCUGGCUCCAGGUGGAGUUUCAACCACAGGGAGGAGGAGGAGAAGGGGAGAAAGAAGAGGAGAGGAGGAAGAUCAAGGUUCCUGCCACAGGAAAUAUGCUACUGGGUGAGGUGAAGCAGAGGGCCAUAGAGGAGCUGCAGCUACAGGAGCAACCCCCAGGUGCACAGUACUGUCUGAGACAGGUGGACUGCACAGGGAAACUCCUUCCUCCAGUGUGUGAGGAGUUGAGUGUUCGGGAUGCAGGCGUGCGACUCAUGACCACACUGACUCUCUGUCCGGGAAGUGCCCCCAAGGCAUCACAGCUUUUCUUGCACUUCUCUGUGGGCACAGCGCCCUCUGCUGGCAUGGAGAUGGACAUAAUUGUGGAGAAUACUUGUACUGUCAAAGAGUGUCUAAAGUCAAUGCUGGAUGCUGUUGGACUUGAUGGCACCUGUUGGCACUUGAGGAGGCUCGAUUGGUGUGAGGAGGUUGGAGAGCCACUUAUGGACGAGGAUGCUUCUCUAUCAGAGCUGAAGAUAAGCAAUGGAGACUCAUUAGUCGUCACAGAAGGACAACUUCCUCCAAAGGGUUUUCUCAAGAUAUCUGUGUGGCUGUAUCUGCAUCCCAGUAACAACUCCAUGGAAACUGACUUUAAUCACACUGACAACGGCCAUACUGAGGAGCAAAUGCUGGAGGCAGUGACUGCAGGUGAAACGGAGAGUCACCCACCCCCUCUGUGUGCCGGCAACAUGGCAGAGCUGAGAAGUGUAGGGCAGGUGGAGAUAUCGGACGAGGCCACCCUGGAGGAUCUCAAGACUCAGGUGUUGACACUGCCUGCCCUUCAGGAUGUGUGUGUGCCAACCACUGCGUUCAUGCGUGUGUGGCAGCUAGAGGAACGAAGGCUGGCACGAAUCCUCAGAGGACAACAACUCACACUCAGGAAAUUGAAGCUGACCAGUGGUACAGACCUUUGUGUGCAACAACUACUAAAAGAGGAAGAUCUUGGUCCUAAGGACGUGUUGCUGAAUAUUAAAAUGGGAGUACCAGGGGAGAGGUGUUACUACCCUCCAGAGGAGCUGGUUUGGGAUGCAUCCCGUGACUCUUCUCCUCGCUCUCUGCGCACUUGUCUGGCUGCACACUACAGCCUCUCCCCUGACUCGCUGCUGUUGGCCAAACACCAACCAGACAAACACACCUGGGAAGAAAUCUCAAACUGGAGCCAGCAGGUUUCCAAAAAGAAAAAGAAGAAAAAGGCAGAAUCACUACUGGGAGCACCAUUUCACCUCAAAGAUGGAGACACAGUCGGCAUCAAGAAUCUUUUGAUUGACAACAACAGGGACUUUGUCACCGUGGAGGAUGAGCAGGGCCAGCAAAGGCUCAGAGAGCAGGCAGAGCAACGCAGGAAAGGAGGGCAGGCUGCAAACUCUGAUGGUGUUGGACCACAAAAGAAGACUGGACCAACUAAAUCCAGGAAACCAGAGGUGGCGCUUUCAAUCAAUGUUGGGGUAUUCAGAUAGUACCCUGCUCCACAUGCACAAACACAGAUGCCGCAUUGCAGGACAAUCCACUUGACGUCGGUCUUGUGCCAUUUUUUUUUUUUUUCAAACCGUAUUUCUCCCAAAAUGAAUUCCUGCUGUGUCUGAUUUGUUGACAGGAAGAGAAGUGAUUUCAUUUUGGCAUUUUGAUUUGCUGUUUAGUAACAACUGACUACAAUUUGCAUUGCAUCUAUGCAAUAUUACUAGAUUUGUUACAUCGCUUCCUCUCUCUACAAGCUCUCUAAAUUACAACCACCACAAAUCCCCUUUAUUUAAUUAAAUUGCCGUUUUUUCAUUUUGUGAGGGAAAUUUAAAGACGGUGUGACGUUCAGGAAAACAGAUUUUUUUUGCUGCAUGGAUCAGUAGAUAAUUUGUAACCAUAUAUUGAAAGUAUAAGCCCUGACAACACAGUUUCUACUUCCGGUGUUUUUUUUUGUUUUGUUAUUACAGGCUGGCAGUUAUAAACUAAGGCUUGUGCUAACUGGAGUUUUUAUAUACUGUUUUGUAUUAACUGUAGCAAUCGGGGUAAAAUAAAAAUAUUGGUAGCCACCAGCCUGUGGCUUUCAUGUUUAAUAAGUUGUUCAAUAAAACAAGCCACUGUUGUAGGAAAUCAACCAUCAUUAGGUCUCGCUGUUGCUCAUAUGGAAAUUUGUUUUUAGCAAUGCUCAUUUUUAUAAUAAACCCGUCACUGUGCGGCAAUAACGAAAAUGUUCAUCUGGAUUUAAGGCUUGUUUUAGGUUGAUAAGAGAGAGGAGAGAUAGGCCUUAAUGUGGAGAAGCCUCAGUGCUGCUCUGUCCUCCCUACCUCACUCUCUACCUCUCUCAAUCUACCUCUGCUGCCCUCUAUUUCCCCGCUCAAAAUCUUGCUUAUACUUUUAUUUUCUUCAACCCCUGCUCUAUUAGAGUCAAUUGGCACAGACCUAGCUUCUAGCUGUAUUCCUUAAAUGGUUAAAUAACUUUAUUGUCUUUUAUUGGACAUGAUCCACCCUUUUUACAGCUGAUGCUAAACUGUCUUCACUUUCACCUCAAAACCGUCAUUGUGUUAUGUAACCAUCUAUGAUGCCAGGUGAAUUUGCUGCUCCAGAAAUAUAAUGUAAAACGACGCAUUCAAAUCCUUACUGCCACUUUUUUCCCCUUGAUUAUGUUAAAGGUCCCUGAGUUUUCAUUGUGGAACAUUUUGUGUUUCAUUUGCAUGCACUAUAUGUGAACUUCAGGGAAGUAAAAAUUAUUCUUGUAGAUAAUUUAUUUGCGGAAAAAAACAAAACAAAACUGACUUAAUGUUUUUACUGUAUGAACUGUGAUAUGUUUUUGGGGGUGAUUUGAUUUUGUUAUCAAAGUUUUUGUACGCUGCUUGCACGUUUUGUUUCAUGUAAUAAUCUGGCCUUGAUCAGUGCCAAGUUUAAAUUUAAUCUUUUUUUUCUUUUUUUAAAGCAGAUGCAGCAAAACUGUUUGACAAUAUACUCAGCAAUAGUAAAAUUAAAUUUUGUAUCAUACUGUAUAUACUA